AUGCACAAGGAAGUCCCAAGCAAGAAGCCAACCAAGGUAACCAUCUUGUUGGCUAUAGAGGUAAGGCCACAGUUAAACCCAUGUCCUAGCACUACUUCUUAUUUUGUUUCUGAAUCCUCUAUUAGAAGUAAGGAAGGUAUGGGCCAUGCUCUGUCAAAUGAGGGGAUGCAAGGUUCUUUAGUCACCACCCAAAAUGUACCACAAGAACAACAACCCCGAAGUGAUGGGAAUGUGGUAAUCCAUUCUUCCCCCAUUCCUAUGGCUCCUAUUAACAUUGAGACUUGUAAUAAUUUUACUAGCCUUGUGGUUGAUCUUUCUGGGAUUCAGGAGGACGACAUGGAGAAAUCAGCUUCCCCGGUGAAAAGCCUCCUUAGCAACAAGGUGAAGAACAUUGAUGGAAUUCCAAUUGGAACAACAAGAUAG